AUGACAGCUAUUAAAUGUAAGCUAGAAAAACUGUUUUCAGGAGGAAGGAUUUCCUGGCCCUGUUUAGCCUUUUCUAUUUGGUCAACUUAUGAAACAUUCUUUGUUCAUGUUCCUUUUUUUUUUUGGCUUUGUUUUUGGGCUUUGGCCUUGCUUGUAUUAGACGAAAAGAAUGAUCGCUUGAAGGACCCUAUUCGUAAGCGAUUUGUGGAAUAUCUGGACAGAGCAGAAAUGCUGAAAGAAUUUCUGAAUGAACAAGAGAAAAAACAGAAAGAACCCGUUGGGGCAAACGGGGCGUCUAAAAAAAAAAAGACUGAUAACUCGCUGGAUGAUGGUGACGACGAUGAUCCGGAUAUGAAGAAAAUGAGAGCAAGUUUGACAGGGGCUAUACUUACGGAGAAGCCUAAUGUAAGAUGGGAUGAUGUUGCAGGCUUAGAAGGAGCAAAAGAAGCGCUUAAAGAGGCUGUUAUCUUACCUAUCAAAUUCCCACAUCUGUUCACUGGCAAACGUAAACCAUGGAGAGGAAUCUUACUAUAUGGGCCACCAGGUACAGGUAAAUCGUACCUUGCCAAAGCGGUGGCAACAGAAGCCAACUCCACCUUUUUUUCUGUGUCAUCAUCCGAUCUUGUAUCGAAAUGGCUCGGUGAAAGUGAACGUUUAGUGAAGCAACUCUUUCAGAUUGCCCGCGAGAAUAAGCCUUCCAUAGUAUUCAUUGAUGAAGUGGAUUCAUUAUGUGGGACACGUGGAGAAGGUGAAUCAGAGGCUUCAAGACGCAUAAAAACAGAGUUUCUUGUGCAAAUGAAUGGUGUCGGAAAUGAUAUGGAUGGUGUACUUGUGUUGGGUGCGACUAAUAUACCAUGGCAAUUGGAUUCCGCCAUUAGAAGAAGAUUUGAAAAACGUAUUUAUAUUCCUUUACCUGAUGCCCCUGCACGUGCCACUAUUUUUUCGCUGAAUGUAGGAUCGACACCUUGUACCUUAACACAUGCUGAUUAUAAACGGUUAGCAGAUAUGACUGAAGGAUAUUCAGGUUCAGAUAUAGCAACUAUAGUUAGAGAUGCGUUAAUGCAACCCAUUAGAAAAGUACAGAUGGCAACCCAUUUUAGAUGGGUGAACGCACCCUCGAGAACCGAUCAAACAAAAACCUCACGAUACCUAACUCCUUGCUCACCGGGGGCUCCCGAUGCUGAAGAAAUGACUUGGGUGGAUAUUGAGCCGGACCAACUACUGGAACCAGAACUAACCGUUCAAGAUUUCCUCAAGGCCGUUCAAAACUCUAGACCCACUGUUAACCAGGAUGAUAUUCAACAACAAGUCAGAUUCACUAAUGAUUUUGGCCAAGAAGGUUAA